UCUGAAACAUUUUCAGUUUUCUCUAGGUCAACCGUACCUUGCUGUUUUUCCGAUGAAUCUAUGAUCUUCAGGGAAUGGGGGUGAAAAAUGAAAUAAAAAGCAGUUCCUACCCUAGCUCUUCUACAUGUUUACAUUAUCCUCACCCGGGUACAAAAUGUUCAUAUAAAAAGCGGAAAGAAUUAAAAGAAAAUAUAGGACUUUGUGAGAGUAAGUUUGUUGCAUGGUUUGUAUGAAAACAGAGAUUAUGGCCAAUAUGAUCCUGAAAGAAAAAAACAUCCAAGAUAAGGAUUGUCUUAAGCAAAAUAAAAAAUCCGAGGAAACUUGUGAUGUCAAAUCAAUUCAGAACACAAAAUUUAGUAUACCUCCUUCAUCAUUACAACAAAGGUAUGUCUCGGAGAAGUUUAAUAAAACUACAACUCGUCAGGCGUAUUCUGAUAGAUGGUUGCCGAAGAGACCUCGAGAUGCCGUAACAAAAAGCACAGAAGAAAACAUAUCUGUUCUACUUUCCCGUAUUUUAACAGAUGAUGGCGGUCAGUCGAAAUGUGAAAACCACCCCACUGAUCCUCACGUAUUCAAUCAUGUUCCAAAGCAAUUAUUCAUUCAGGAAACAAAUUCAGUUAACAUUGCAUCUGAUGAAACUGAUGAACCAGUUCAACAGAAUGGCUCGGUUCAGACUGUCAUUAGGCCUAAUACUCCAACUUCAAAAGCUUCUUUGUCAAUUCAGUGUUCAGUGGAUAAACCAACUACAAAUUCUGUUGGGAUUCAUUGUGACAUGUUAAGCGUAAUUAAAAGUGAUGAUUUUUCAUUUGUUCUGGGUGAAAAUACUAAACUAAUUGCCCAGCAAAAAGCAUAUAUUGAAUAUUUGAAACAUGCUCUGUCAGCGGAACAAUAUAAAGUUCAAAGUCUAAAUAGUCAGUUGUGUAAAAAUCAACUCGAAUUUGACAAAGCUAAAUUAAACUGGUUGCAGAAAGAAAAUCAGUUCAAGGUGGAAAAAGAACGAUUUCAUAGAAAGAUCUCUGCUGCUGUCAUUGCUAAACAACAAGUAUCCAAAAAUCUUGAGAUUUUACGCGAAUACAUAAAAGUUUUAAAAGAUCACAUUUCAGUGCUCGAACAGUCUCGUUCUAACAUGAUGCUGAUUCCACGUUAUUCAGAUCAUUUUUCACCAAAACAAUGUGACAAUAUUCCUACAGAGAUAACUUAUUCUAAAGUAUAUUUAAAAAAUAUUGAUUCAAUCAGAUCAACACCAGGUCUAUCAGCUACUUUUCCUACCUUAAGCAGACUUCUUUCUCUCACUAGUGAAUAUCAAGAUGCUCAUAAAUGUGUAACACAAAAAGUACUUCAAUGUCCGACUAACCAAUUAUGUCAAACGGACCAGGAUGUUCACAACUACAAUCGUUGCAGUACGAAUCAACUAUCGAAUACAAACAAUCUAGAUAGUUCAUAUGAUGGUGGUUGUAUUGCGGUGAAUUCGACGCUUUCAAAUUCAGGCAACAUCCAGAAAGCAACAGUUAAUCAGCAAGAAAUUACAGAACCUGAUGGUAUAUGUUCCUCAUCUUCUAGUAUAAGUUCGAGUGUUUCCCCGAUUCAAGUGAUUGACGAAAUGGAAUUUCAAGACAACUUGGCUCUUCUGGAUCAGCGGAUUAACAAUGUUCGGGAGUUUCUCAAAUUGAACCCUGUGAUUUUCUAAAAUAUGUAUACAACUAAUUGUACGAAUAAAAAUGGUAAGACUAUAUAUAUCCGACUUCAUAUCCGUGUUAUUUGACUAAAAUGACUAAUUUAAUCUCGUGUGUUGCUUCGGGUGUGAGGGAGUAUGUUACUUCCAGGUUGCCCACACCGUGGAAGGUAGUUU